AUGCCUAAAAAGGGGAAGAAAGCUAAAGGAGGAGGGAAAGGCAAGAAAGGAGGGUAAGUUUAGUUACAUCUGAGUACUUUUUCAUCAAAUAAAAUAACCGACAGGUCUAGCACUGGUUUGCGCAGUCCCGCAGUCUAGUCUGCUUAAACCACCUUUAAAGAUUCUUAUGGCUGUCUUAUUUACAUUUCUGUUUGUAUUAUUUAAAACUAUUUUCCUUAAAAUGUGAAAAUGAUGAGCCCUUUGAGCCCUGAAAGUGCGAAAUUAUCAAAGUACGCGAGUUUUCGCAAUCUAUUUUAUAGCCAAAUGGGGCAUCCAUCCCUCUAAAUAAUGCGCACUAUGCACUAAGAGUUUUUAUGGAAGUGUAAUGCUUAAAUUGUUUCCCUUGGCCAUAAUAUAGGAAAAAAGGGAAAAAGGAGGGGAAAAAGGCCAAGAAGGAAUCUGUUCUCAAGGAUGCUAUAGCGAAUGCAAAGUUGUGGGAGACUAAGUUGGAAGCUGUGGAGAAAUCCCGUCAGGAGUACAGGUUAGUUGAGCUUAAGUUGCACGUUCUUUGAAGCCAAUCACUUAGAUAUCGGUGAACUAACACAACACAGUGGGAGAGGAAAGAAGAUGGUAGACCUGGUGUGACAAACAUGACAGUAAUUUUGUUUGAACAAACUUUCUGCCAAAUUUCACCAUUCUUUAAACAGGAGUUUUGGUAAUAAGACCAGAAGACAUUGUUAAGUGAUGAACACGACAAAACAUGCAAGUAAUAGUCCUGUCACAUUUGUCACACACGAGAGUUUGCCGUCCUCAUCUUUCUGCCAUCCUGCUGCAUAAACUCACUAUAGUUCCGGUACAAAUAUAAUAAGCAGGACUUGGAAAGAAAUUUGAACUCCUGCUCUGCCAUCGGACAUGUACUUGUAGCUGAAAAAUGUUCACUGGCAUGUCAAGGCACUGAUUGCAUAAUAAAAUUGUGUAAGAAGAACUACAUUUUGUAAAACUUCCCUAUUGGGCCAGUGAUUACAGUCAACUCUUCUCUAAAAAACACCUUCCUGACCCUGAUUAUAGAGACAGACCCUAAAUCCCUAGUGAAAAUAAAACAGAGACGGUUGACUAAGACAAAGCCCCAUCAUUAAGGACUCUCGCUGUUAAAGACAGUAAGUCAACUUCCUGAGGGAGUCCAUAAUAAUGGGACUUGCCUGAAUGAGAGGGAUUGAAGUUCAUUGUCCUGGACUACCAGGUGGGACUUUUAUUUGGACUCCUGAUAGGUUGUAUAUUAAAUGUAUGUCAGUAACAUUUUGGUAAACUGGUCUCCUUUUGAUAUCAUCAGAGACAAUGCCAAACGGUUGGUAUACGAGAAUGACAUGUUGCAAAUGCAGAUGUCAAGCACUGAGCGAGAUACCCUUGAUGUGAUAUCAUACCUGAAGCAAGAAGAUGCGAAGAAAGAUGAGCAGGUCUGUCAUAAAUAUUACACAUGUGCUUGUCAGUCGCAUAAUAAGACUGUGGAACUUAUCCUUAUGGCCAGAGGUUAUCAGUCUUUAACCCUUUAAACCAUAAGAUCAAAAUUUGAUUUCUCCUUUUUUACCCCUAUUUAUUUCCUACAGAAGUAGUUGGGAGAAGUUGAUAAAAUAUCAGGCAAAUUCAUCUUGUGUGAUCAUCGCUGUAAUUCUCAUGACCACUUUGUCUUACAAAGCAUUGACAUUACAAGGAAAAUUUGAUGCUGGUCACUCUUAUAGGGCUUAAUGAAGGAUUAAACAUACACUGUAUAUAUCCCUUGGUCUUCUGUAAUGCAGACACUUCAGUAGUGUUGUCCAGCUCUCUCUUCUUCCUGUCACUCUCUCAUUCCAGGAGAUGCCAAAAAAGGAGAGAGUCACUCUCUUUUCCCUUUUCUUUUCAAUGAUAUGGAUAUUUUUUACAUUUUUAAUAAUAAAACUAUUCUUCUCCUUAAUUUUGUUAAGUAUUUAAUACUGUUAACUAAUAAUCAUUUUUAUUUUUAUUUUUGCAUUGUCUUAAUACAUGUAGGUGUCUAAGCUUCAACAAGCUCUUAAAGAAGUGAAGAGGGAGGCUAGGAAAGAACGACAAGCUCUUGUGAGUGUGUUUUUACUUAUUUCUAUGUAACAGUAACUCUUAUUACAUCAAUCAAAAGGUGCUGUGAAUACUAAUUUUGCUGGGAGUAUUGAAUUGUCAUUUCUAUCUUACUUCUCAGUGGUGUGCAUCUGUAGGAAAUAUGGAUCAAUUUAGGCUUCUGGGAAACUGCCCAUCUACCCCUCCUCUAAGCGAACAUUACUUCUCACUUAGGGCAAAAAUAUGUUUGCUUAGGGAAGGGGUAGCUAGGUGGACAGUUCUGUGUACAGUGGUUACACUGAGUGCUCUUGUCAUCUAUGAAUAAUGUACCUUGAGAAAUCUUGGAGAAUCCUCCAGAAACAAUUCAGUAUCAUGCAUAUUAGCAUUAAUUUCCUUUGCAAUACCUUCACACUGUAGGUAGUGUGGCAUAAUGUAUAAAUUGCUUCUCUUGCAUUAAAUUAUUAACAAAUAUAAAUGUUGUUACAUUUAGGUGGAUGAGUAUUCUCAACAGAUUCAUCAGCUUCAAGAAUCCCUUGCUGAAAAGACAAAUGAGGUAAAUAAUGUAUCAUAAUGAUUUUUUAUAUAAGUUUUCUGAAAUUUCCACCUGUGAUCACAUUCAUGUACAUGUAAUGCAAACACUGUUGUCUUCAUUUGUUUUUCAUGAAACUACUCAAAAACUAUUAUCAAGGUGUGUCAUUUGAGGGCAUCUCCCAAAAACAAUGCAGACUCAUCUAUCAAAAUUCUUUGUGGUCAUGGGUCACUGACACCACACUUUAAGAAAAUAUACUAGAAUUUCCACAGAACCUGAGUCAAGACAUUAGGGUUGCAAUUUACACAUUAUUGUUGUACGUGGCCGUAUCUGUUGAUAAAUUUAUGUGUAUAACAAUACUUCUCAGGUCAAACUCAUGCAAUCUGAGCUGAAACUUGUCAAGGAAUUCAGGAGAAAGAGAGCACAAAUGCAGCGGGAGCUGGAUGAGGUAUAAUUCUUAAGAAUUAUAAUAUUUGACUUUACUUUACUUGUAGUUGUGAUUGAAAAAGCAUAUUGCUCACUCAUACACAACUUUUAUGUAAAUUUUUAUCAAAAAUAUUUGUUCUACGAAAAUAUUUAAAUUACGGCAUGUUUUAUUGCAGAUAAAGGAAAGCAUGGUUGCUACUGAGAGACACCACAAGGACACAUUGCAACAAAUGGAACACAAAUUUUUUGAAGAAAAGGUAAUGGUAUAAUUUCAUGCAGUUGAACGUACAAUGUAUGUAACUUGUAAUGUUUUGGUAAAUAAUAAUGGAUUGUUUUUGAUAAGUUGUGAUCUAUAGUGAUUAUGUGCUUUGUCCUAAUUAUCAAAACACCUGUCAAUGAAAAAUAAACCAACAUUUUACAUUGGAGUACAGGCUGUGAAACAUGUGUAAUACUGAGGCUUGUUUAAAAUUAUGGUCAACUGGUAGUGAUAACGAAGUUAAUACUGAUAUACGCACACACAAAAGCAAACAGCAUCAAGUCACACAAACAAAAAGCAGUUUUCUCUUUUUUCCUUUCUGUAGGUGGAUAAUUUGUUUAGUUAGAAACCGCUCUUUCAAUUUACACAUUUUUGUCUUUAGGUCCGGUUACAGCAGGAGGCAAGUAAAAAGAUUGCAGAACUUGCAGAAAGAGCACACUCCGAAGCAAUAAGGUACAUGAAGUCUCUUUCUUUUACCCAGAGGAUUGGUAUUAAGUAGGGAGAAAAGAUGAUUAGGCUUAGAAAUAAUUGAUCCUGCAAAGAGUAGAAUGCUUUUGAGUCAGUGCCACAAAUUUGUGCAUGUAGGCACAAUUUCAGUGUACUGCAGAAAGAUAAUUGCGUAAGGUUUCCUUUCAUAGAAAUAGUGACAGAGAAUGUCAAAGAUUAAUUUUGAUAUACUCCAUGGGAUCAGAGUCAAGAUGUCAUCUCAUAAUACUGCCAUUUUCCUUGGUGUUCACAUUCCUUCCUUCUUUUCACUUAUUUUUGGUAGCAAUUUGGAUGAAACAACAAGGUCUGUUUACAAAGAGAAUGUGAGACUUAAUGCUGCGCUAGAUUUUCACUUAAGAGAAGGGCAAGAAUUGAAAAAGGUAUGUUUGUUGCUACAUUGUAACGUAUUCUUCGCUGAGAACUCCAAUCCCGGUAGUCUUCCCUUGUGUAAAAUUUACCCACCUUUCAAGAGCUAGCACAAAAUAAUGCUGUACAUUAAAGCAGGUUAAAGCUGGUGAAAAGUAUGUUACAGUGUAAGUCAGCCAAUGAAAAUUAACACACGAUCGUAUCGUUACUACUAAAGAACAGUCUGAAGUGCAGACACGUCUCCAAAAUAAUUAAAGUUCAAUCCUACAGUACAGGGUGAGGCCGCGGGAAUUGCAGCAUUACACCCGCGUUUUUCGGGUGGAAAUCCGCCAUAUUGCACGCAAAUUACACUCGCAAAAUACGCGAGAAACACGCGUGUUAAACAGUACACGCCAAAAUACUCGAGAAAAUACACGAAAGUAGACUGUGUGUAUUUGACAACUUUCAACUUUGGUUGAAAUUUGUACUUGGAAUAUCGGUCAUUUAUGGGGGAAAAAUAAAAUGAUCGUGUCUCUCACCAGGUAAGAGAAAAAGGUCUUCUAUUUAAUAACGUAGUUAUAAAAGAGAACUUUCAAACUAUAACAAAUUCUGUUCCGUCUUUUUUGCUUACUGAAAGGAUAAAGAAAGCUUGGAUAAGAAGACGACUGACCUGUUGGCUGAAAAGGUACGUUUUUUGUUGGAGUUAAAACCGCUCGCGUUCAAUCAGUUCAUGAAAAUGGAUGCAAGCUUAUCUAUAAUUAUUACCAUGCAAAUGCUAGACUUCGUGGCAUCCCUUAUUGCUGGUUUGCACGUGACAACAGCGCGGCCAUGGAAUUGGUAGUCAAGAACCAAAGCAUUUCUCUCUUCUAGGAACCAAACACUAUUUUCACGUAUUUCUUCGAGAAAAAAUUCUCUUGUUUUGACCCCCAACUUGGCCGCCUUGUCACGUGGUUGCAAACGUAGAAUAGUACGUGCACAUUGUAGGCUCUUUUUGUGAACAACAACUUACAGUCCUUCUAAGGACGUCAUCACCAAAAUCGUAAAAAGAAAUAUGUGUUGUAGUUUAAAAUAAAAUUACGGUUAAAAUGAUUUCAACUAAGUUUGAUUAUCAACAAUUCAAUAAUUUUGAUUAAUGAUAUAGUAAAUUCAUACUUGGCAACUAGGCUUGAGAAAAUAAAACGAAAGAAAUGUUUUAUUCUCCACGAAACCUCAAGGCGAUGAAGCUUCUGCCAUAGAAACGAAAGCUCUGUUCGAUUCCCAGGGUCAGACCAAUACUCAGGGUAUUGAAAUAACUGAGAAAUGAAGGUACUACCUUUGCACUGCAACCUUUGCGUGGCUCGGAUGCCCGCGUAAAAUGGUGGUUUUCUUUUGUCUCCAGUUGGAGACCAAGAAAUACGUUCCCCAUUUUAUCAAUAAGUAUUUUCCAACUAAAUACAUUGACACUCAGAUAAUGUUCAUUUUUUGACUUUCAUGCAUUUACGCUGUUGUUUAUACGCUGUUGUUCUCAUUGUUGUUGUUUUUGUGUUCUCUUCAAAAGGAAUUAAACGGCAUGAUAGUGCAAGAAAAGAUCGUAGAAAGUAAACAUCAGAAGAAAGAAAUUACUGAGGUGUGUGUCUUAAUUUGUUUUUUAGCUUUUAAGAUGUAGAAAUAGUAUUAACCUACGUAUAGAUUUGUUCCCUAUUAGGGAGCUUAAGUAGAGAGGUUUUUGAUUGACACACGUAAAGCGGAAGUGACUCUUUUUCCCACUUUCCGAGAAUGCAAAAAGUCCACUUCCGGUUAACGUGCGUCGCUGGUUCUAUUUAGGGUAAAAAAACUCUGCUUCGCUUUCCUACGACAUAAACCUUCGGGUGACAAUGGUUGCUUCCGAUACCACCAGCAUCGGCGCCAUGCGAUAAUAUCCGUUCAGACUUAAGGUGGCUUUGGCUAGAGCGCCGCACCGGCAUUGUAGAUCUCAAGGUGUGAAUCCCGCAAACCUGAAUUUUUUUCAAGCCUUUUUUUCGCAACUACAUAAGUUGGGUCUUUAACUGCGAUGAUCUUCUUUUCAUCUAUUUCUUCAUGUCCUUCAUUUCGCGGUUCCAAUAUAUGAAAUUCGUAUAUUCAUCACUUCGUCACCACUCUGUAUUUUCUAUAAAUAGCUUAAUGACAAAGUCAAGACCUUGGAGAUGUCCCUUAGUCACGUGGUGCGUGAAUUCGAGACUGAACGAGCUGCCCUGGUGCGGAAAGCCGAAGAUGACACGCGGAACAGCAGGUCUGUGAACAUUCUAUUUAAGACUUUUCAUGCGCGGUUUCCUGUUUCGGGUGCCGCUCGUGACAUCGGCCUUCGGCCGACAAUCUCUCGGCCUGCGACCGACACCGAAGCAUCCCGCCGGACCCGAAGGAAAAUCUCUGGUACCUAGGGUAAAGAAAAUAGUGGUAACUUAAAAAUUUUGCUAACAGCCGGUUUCGCUUUUUGUCGAGUUCCCUACGUUCGAGUUCACUGCCUUUUCGCUCUAUAUCACCUCCUGUAAACCAUUAGAAAUAUUUCCUUAAUACCACUAGAAAAAAAUCCUUUGAAUAUCAUUAUUUGUCGUUCUUUUACGCUUGCCCCUCCGAAGGUGCAAGUUUUGGACUUUGACAAUAGGUAGCGAGCCCAAUAUCUAGGUAGCGUACUCGAACAUAGCGAUUUUGAUAGGUAGCUAAACCAGUAUAAGGCCAAACGUUUUAAGCCAUAAAACCACAAACUAAUUACAAUUGCUGUUUGCGGUUUAGAUUUCUUACGCCUUAUCCAUAUUUUCCUCGCAAGACAAUAAAAUUCCAUAAAUAUUUCUGGUGUUCCCGGUUUUGUGAGUUUCACACUGAGUGUUCUGUAUCACUUUUGAACUUGUUUUAGAGCUGAGAUAGCACGGUUACAGAGAGUAGUUGAGUUAAAAACAAGGGAGAUGAAUCGAGUCAAGCGACUGGCCAAGACUAUUCUGGAUCAGGUAAGUACGCGCUAUUACGCUCGUAAAUCACGUGAGGAAACUGGCUAAUGCCUGAUAGUAAAUGGGAUGUUAGUAAAACGAGGAACGGAGAACGGGGAAAACUAUGAAAAACUGGAACAAAACAGAGAAUUGGACGUGAAGUUACUGAUAGGAAUAGGGUACAAGUUAGGUUUUUUUUUUAAUAGUUCGUUUAAUUUACAGCUUCCCUGCUAGUAGAAAGGCCUCUUUUCAAGGUAUUCGGUGGGCGGGAGGAAAUUUUUCUUCCGCCCGCCGAAUACCGUAAGAAGAGGCCUAUCUAGCCGGGAAAUUUUCAGCUCUUUACGAGCAAUAUCAAAGGAAAUAACAGGAAUCAAAAACUGCGAAAUUGCUGGGUCGUAAAAACGUUAAUGAGCUCAUACAUUCUUUGUAAAUUUUCGGGUUUUUCAAAGAAGAUCUCUCCGAAACUGUUCGCUAUAUCGGGCUCAAAUUUUCAGAGAUAACUGAAAUUUUUAUGCUUUUCAAUAUUCAGAGAUUUAAUUCAUUAGCGUCAUCCGCCAAUGAUAAACAUAUGUUAAUGAUGCAAAACAUGUAAACAAAGAUUCCCCUAUACCGCUAGCCUGCGUAGCCUGGCGGUUUUGGUUGGGCGCGCUAAUGGCGCGCUAAAUAAUAAAAGCGGGCAAGGGCAGAGAAACCGCGAGGAGAUUGGGGCGGGAGCAACUUGAACUUGAACUUUUUUAUUUACGCGCCUUUUUGCGGCUUCGCCACUCCAGUCGUGCUCCCGACAAAACCGCCAUGCUACGCAGGCUACUAUACCGCAAAAAAGUAGCCUCUGUUCGCAGGGUACAAUCGAACCUCCUACAACGGCCACUUUUUUGGCGGACAAGACAAUACAUUGACUCCUGUUUAAAACUCUCUACAACCGGAACUUUCUUCUGUCCCCGAGGUGAUCGUUGUAGAGAGGUUUAACUGUAUUUUUUUUUUGGUGGUGGUGAUGCCAUGUACCUUACCAUGUGUAUUGUGCUCUUGUUUGUUAGAGAACGGAAGUGGAACAGUUUUUCUUGGAGUCGCUGGAAUAUGUCAAGAAUGAGAUCGUUCGGAAUAGGUACAGUCAGUUAUUACAUAAGUGUGCUCAUUGUGCAAUGAAUUUCUGCGAAUUUGUGUCCAGGGGUUACACAAAAAAUAGAAAUGGCGCCUACAGAGAGAGUAUGGCCCGCAGCUUUAAUUUGGGGUAGUGAUACCACUUUAAUAUCUCAUCCACAGAUUCAAAAGUUAGAACCACCUUGUACAGCAUAAUAAACAGUACCACAGGAAAGUACUGCUCAGUAGCUGUCAUUUGAAUGGUCACACCAUAGGAUUUCAUCCACAGACUCAAAAGUUAGAACCACCUUGUACAGCAUAAUAAACAGUACCACAGGAAAGUACUGCUCAGUAGCUUUCAUUUGAAUGGUCGCACCAUAGGAUUUCAUCCACAGACUCAAAAGUUGGAACCACAUUGUACAGCAUAAUAAACAGUACCACAGGAAAGUAUUGCUCAGUAGCUUUCAUUUGAAUGGUCGCAUCAUAGGAUUUCAUCCACAGACUCAAAGGUUAGAACCACCUUGUACCGCGUAAUCGAGAGUACCAUACGAAAGUGAUGCUCAGCUUUCACCCAAAUGGCUACAGGUUACGAAUUCGUCUAUGUACUUUUGAAAUUUACUCGUGCGCGUCAGUUUUGAAGGGUUUAAAUAGAAAAAGCCUUUAUAACUUUCAGUAAGGUAGCAAUGUGACAUUUUUUAUAGAAUACAAUAUCGAAAAGAUGCUCAACACGCCUACCAACAGCGCAUGCUCGAAGCACACGCUGGCCACGGCGAUUUCCCGCGCGUCAGAACUUUCCGCCAAUUAGACAGCAGCACAAACAACGUUUUUGACGACCUUAAAGAGGCCGAGCGGUGGACUGGAAUCCAAGGAAAAGUCGACAUGGCCGAGCUGACCUGGGAACAACGCGAACGUAUAUUGAGAAUGUUGUUCGCAAAAAUGAAUGGUUUUAAGGAAAAAAGAAGGUAUGAUAUAUAUUUUUUUGCUUUGUUUGUAUGCAUAUGCUUUAUGAAUGAAUGGAAUGAGUAAAGGCGUUUUCACCCGCUCUUGAGCACAAAUUUCAAUUUAUAAUAAACAAUUCUGUGCGACUUUUGCACGGUUUUAUUAUUGUGAAAGGUUUGAAUCCAGGAGUCAUUUCAAAAGUAGGUUUCGUCGUUGUGUUUGCUGAAGCUCCCCAGUAAGAGAAAUGCAACGCAAAGUAAAGUUUCUUGCUAAAGGAACAAAAUCGAGCAGUCACAGAAAUGAAUUUUCUCAACAUCUUUUAAUUUUACUUUGUAGACCAAAGGUGCAAUCUUUGGAGGCUGUGCCCCCGGAUUCCCAAUCAAAAGCAUUGCCAAGUGCAGAAAGACAAACACAGGGAACCCAGGGAGACAGCACAUUCCUAACACAACAAGAUGUUGACGCAUCCUCCCUCCCUGCGGCUCUUCCGCCUGUUACUAGUGCCCAGGCCUCAGCAGCAGGCGCUGUGUCUAGUUGA